CUGUCUUCCCAUACCUUCAUCGCGCCCUACACUGUACACCAAGCUAUCCUUUUCCUCUCAUCUUUGUUACCAUUCGUCGUCCCCACUUAAUGUCAUGCCUGCUGCCAAGAACGGCAUCAAGAAGCACGGAGCGCCCAAAGCCAAAGGCUCUGUACGCGCAAAGUCCGGCUGUUACACUUGCAGAAUUCGAAGAAAGAAAUGUGAUGAAGAUCGCGACGAGCAAGGCAAUUGCAGGUCCUGUGUUCGCUUGAAGCUCCAGUGUCUUGGUUUCGGUUCUAAACGGCCUGAAUGGCUCAAGGAACAACACACUAAGCUGCGGGCGGACAUUAAGAACUUCCUCGCAGGCAAUGGCAUGAUUAAAGGUCAUGCAAGUUCCAAUGGUCGGGACAGCAACCCAGAUCAGAUCCUUCUUCUCCGCCAGGAGGACGACUCUAUGUCUUCCUCCGAGAGCCCUGACUCCAGAAAUGUCGACCUACCCAUGGUUGGAGGCGAGUACUCCAGGAACACCUCUGCCAUGCGCGACGAACCUUGGUCUGCUGUUGCCAGCACCUACGUUGACGCAGCAUAUACCGAAGACGCUCUGGAGUUGCAGCUACGGCAUGAAUCUCCUUAUGAUAACGAUCCCCAGGCGUACGAUAUAAUGCACUACCCUAAUAGCCUACCCGGAUGGUCGGGUGCGAAUCCUUCAAUGCGAAGCAAUCUUGCUCCUUCCUACAACCUUCUUUUCACAAUGCCUGAUGAUGAUAUAUACUUCGACUCCGGCCCAUACUAUCCUACCCCUCCAAUGAUUCCUGGAGGAUCUGCUGAUGAACUCGUCAAUCACUAUCUCGAUGUUGUUGUUGGUAUGCAAUUCCAACUGGCCGACAAAAUCAGAUUGCCUCAAGUUAUAUACGACGCCGUCGAAGGUGAUUGUUAUCGAAAUGCAGCCCGUCUUCUGGCGUUCAUACACCGAAGACGCGAAGCUGUGCCUUCGGUGCCCGCGCUGCAAGACAACACCCCGAGGCGCCAGUACGAUGAACUCAAGCUUGUCUUAAGCAGAGGUUCGUCGUACACCGAGGACGAGGCCAUGGCGUCGUUGACUGUUAUCUCGUCAUUCCUCUUUGACGGUGGAAAGGGAGAAUGGCAACGUUGGCUAGAGGUAGCGUUCAACUAUUCGCGCAUGGUCCUCGAUCGUUACAUGUCUCCCCGUGAGGCUCUGAUAUCGUGCACCGAGAAGGAACGCUUUCUCGUGAAAACAGCCAUCUGGUUCGAUGUCCUGGCGUCAGUAACGACGCAACAUCCGCCGCUCUUCUUAGCCAUCAUCAGAGAACUGUUCGCUCCUGACGCGAGUGGGAUUACCGAGCUCUACGAAUCCAUCCCGACUGAGCUUUCGAUGAUGACAGUAAUGGGAUGUGAAAGCCGUAUUGUCUGGGCAUUGGCGGAGACAUCGUCUUUGGCAUGUUGGAAACAGCAUCAACUCAGCAACGGCGUGUUAAGCGUUCCUUCAUUAGUCUCAAGGUCUCAACCGAUUGACCUUUGCCUUUCCGAACCUCUUGCAUUUCCUAGGGCUCACAUCGGCGUUGAUGAGGCGCGCAAUCGUUCUUCUGAAAUCUUCCGGACAUCAGCGCGCGUUUAUCUACGCUCAGUCGUAUCUGGCGACCAUCCUGGUGUAGCAGAGAUCGCAGCUUCGGUCCAGGAUGCCUUGAAUGUGCUCAGCGAUAUGAACCGUUGCUGCUCUGCCCCUGUUCGCACCGCCGUUGUUCGAAGCACUGUAUUUGCCUUCUUCGUGUGCGGCUGCCUGACAGAUAAUACGUCGCACCGCAAUAUCCUUCGUGCUCAACUCGCUGGGGAAGGAUGUGUCGGUAACUGUACCGCACUGGUACAGCUACUUGACAAAGUCUGGGACAUCCGGAGUGGGAUGAGCCGGAAGGACCCUGUUCCUUGGCGUCAAAUUCUGCACAAGGAAAAAAUGCUCCUGGUAUAAGUAUUUUCAAUCGGCUUCUCGUUUUCCAUCUCUAUGUUUUCACCAACUUUGGACUCGGAGAAUAGAUAGUAUCGAGUCCUGCCGCUUACAUGUCGAGCAAGUCUGUUACUCAUAUACCUGGCCUCACUGGCUUGUAAAAGAUGCAUCCCACUAUAGUAUAAGUAUAACAUCGUAACAUUACCACUAGCAAUUACAACGCAUUGGAUCGUCGUCGGGUGCCGAAAGCAUGGAGCAGUAGUGACUCGCGAUGACCAC